CUUGCUUUCAAUAUCUCGCUUUAUUAAAUGCAUGCUCACUCUCCAUGGUUGCAGUGUGCCUGGGCCUCCUAUUCGGCUUCGCUGGGCUGGAACGGGGUCAGUAAAUAAACUGUUCAUGCCUUGGUUUUUUUACUCUUAAUCUUUUAUUGGGUGAGGGGUGUCCAUCACAUAAACAUCCCAUCGCAACCCGUCCCGUCUUUACCUUACGCUGCCUGCGUUAACCUUACUGUAUAAUUUUAUCCCCUCACACUCGUUUCUGAAGCGGCAUUGCCGUCCAUAUUUACAACAUUUUAUAAGAACCUGGACUGGAAUUUAACCGCGCCAACCGAAUUCCGCUGUCUGUUUUGGAUCUGCCUGGAUUCUGUUGCUCAACUCUGCAAUACCGCGUCCCGUGAAUUCGGAACGCUUUCUUUACAGGCAGGAGAAAAGGCCGAUCCGAGUUAAAAGUCGACUUGCUUCCGUUCCAAAGCGGGUGAUCUGCAAGCAUUUGGUAUAAUUCGGACAACACUUUCAAAGUCGGGUGACCAGCGGAACGGAACGACUAUCAAGGAAACGGAGCAAUAUACGACAUCUUGCAUUUGUUCAAUUUUCGACCGCUGUUCGAAUAUCGACUCCUGACUUGUUGGGAAGCCAACAUUAAAAACGACAGCGACACAGAACUGUCUUUGAAUCACCGCAUCGUCAUCUCCCCGAUCUGGUGUCACAGAAAAGGGGACGAUGUGUGACAGGAACCGUUCUUUGCAAGCCACAAUUGUCUUAUAAUAUUGGCUAUUCAGUCCCAGGAGCAAAAAAAACCACUAACUAUGUACAACACACAACCACUCGGCAGCCGCCGCGGCGCCCCUUGCGCGUCGAACCCGACAGCACGUCUCUUCCACAGGCCCAGGUUACAAUGGGCAACGAUCUUCACGAUUGGCCUUUUGGGCUUUGGCUGCACAGUCGCGGCCGCAGCACCGCCACCAGCCGUCCCAGCCACGGCAGAAGCCGCGCCGACUCGGUUCAUUACGGUUCCUGUCCCGACGCUGGCGGUGACAGAUGAGUUGGUUCUCGACACGAGGCAGCCGGUCAUGGUGGAUGGGGAGUGGAUUUUGGUGGCAGGAGAGGACGAAGCUGGUGAACUCCGGAGGCGGAGUCCUCAAAAAGAUGCCGAGUCGGCCACCACUACCACAUCAUCGGCACCUACCCAGGCUACGAAGACUGUGAGCGUCUCUAGCAGUCCCCUGCCAAAACCCUACGACACGCUGUCGGCAGCAAACUUCACCACAGGGCCCAACGGGUCAUGUGCAAAGUUCUACAACACCAUGGUGAACCACGACAAGUUCAAGAACUGUUACCCAUUCGCCACACUUCUCGAGGGUUCACAAUCCUUCUUCGAGGCUCAAAAGUCACUCGUCGGCAUAACGCAGACGCUGGACGCAGCAUGCCGAGCAAACGCAAACGAGUGUGCCCCGUACCUCAACGACGUGGCCAAGUCGCUCAUCAGCACGCAAAACUGCGGCCCCGACUACCAGCUCGACAACAGCAUGGUCGUCUCGACCUACAACGCCCUGACGUCGUACCAGACCGUCUACAGCACCACGUGCCUGAUCGACCCCAAGACGUCGAGCUACUGCUUCGCCAACGCCGUCACCAACGCGACCAACCCCAACAAUGCCUACUUUUACUACCUGCCCCUCAACAUGACCCUGCCCAGCACCCCGACGCUCAACUGCAACUGGUGCCUGCAGCAGACAAUGGCCAUCUACCAGGCCCAGUCGGCCAACCGCAAGCUGGCCGUCGCCUCGACCUACCUCCCCGCCGCAGAAAUUGUCAACAAGGGCUGCGGGUCUGAUUUCGUCAACGCCACGCUGCCAAUUGCCAUUCUGCAAAACUCAGUUGGCCGUCUCAGCCCUUCGUGGGUCCUCGGCUCGGUGGCGUUUGCGGCUGCCAUCCAAUGGCUUUUCUGAGCAUGGACAUUGGUGCUGACGGUUUGAAAUGUUAUCACGAGACACUUGACAACUUUUAUUAUUCUAAUUUUUUAUUGUUAAUUCCUAUUCAGCUGUACAUAACUUUACUUCUGCAUAGAGCGCCUCUGUUUAUCAUGGCGUUUGGAUACCCUUUUGUUUUUGUUUGGUUUAUUUGGGAGCGAAGUUCUUUUUCUUUCUACCUCGUAUGUUAUACACGAGGCUAGCCCCCCAGGUUCUUGGUAUAUAAUGGUCCAUGAAGCGCUGGACUGUAUUUAAAUUUUUGGAUAUAUUGGGGACUUAUAGGGAGAAAGAAAGGAGAGGAGAGAAAAGACACAGGCACCAAAGUGGCCUCGGACCAUCCUGCUGAGACGAAUAGUUUCAACCAUUUCGGUUUAUAUGGAGAAAAGCCUAAGAAUAGCUUUGAGUUACUCUCAAUAUGUGUGAGCUAUGAAUAUGCUCCAAAUACUUGGCAAAACGCGUAAUUUUUCUAUGCA